AUGGCUAGUUUUGUGGAGGGUUUCAAGUCUAAAGUAGGGGUUGGUGCCGCUGGUCGGAGUGGGGUUACCGAGCAUGGUAUGGGGUGCCGAUACGAGGGAGAGAGCUGGUUGGCUUAUGGUUUGGGCGAGGAAGAAGGCUUUCCGGCGUAUGGUUUAGGCAUGAGAGUGAGGGCAAUGGCCGGAGAAAGUGGCUUGGGCCGUGAGGAGGCUAUUUGGGUGUGGAGUGUUAGGGUCGUGCGCGAGCUAGAGUGCACAAAAGUGGGUGAAGGGGAUGUCGUGGAUGAGAGGGUGCCGAUCGUGGAACCGGAUGGGCGUACGAGGCUAGAUGGCAUGCUUGGCAUAUGUGGUUAUUAA